AUGAACGCUAGUGGGACGAAUGAGCCACCACAAGGAGUUGUGGCCAUCAGCGCUGACGAACUUGUCGUGCGUCUAGGCCGUAUACUCCAAGGCUCGGGUCCCAAUGAUGAGGAGGUGGUGACGCAGCAACAGCAGCAGCAGCAGCAACAGCAACAACAACAACACAAGACACAAUCGCAUCAAGAAUUACCCUCGCAACCCCAGCAGCAACAGUUGCCUAACAUAGAUUGCUGUGAUGCUUGUACAGAAACAAAUUCCCAGAACGAGCGGCAGGGCUCGUGGGACACCGAUGCGAUCUUGACGCAUCCAUCCAACAGCCCAGCACCAAAGUCUUCGCAUGAAAAGAGCUGGAUCCAUGCAGCGCCUAGUGACCCGCCGACGUCCAAAUCAUCCGUCAGCAUGCCAGGCUCACCGGCGCUCUCAGCGACCCGCAUCAACUGCGCCGCUGAGUCCUAUCCUCCGCUUCCCUUUGUCGCACACAGCCAUGAGCCUAUGCUGCUCAUUGACACACGCCCGGCGCACAUGUUCCAAGGCUGCCACGAUAGUUCGAUGGACAGGAACCUGUGCACAGGGCAUCUGAAGGGUGCUAUCAAUGUCCAGAUCCCAACACUGCUUCUCCGACGCAGUCAACGUGCGCUUGGCGCGAGUCCCGCCCUUCUCGACAGCAUUGACAUCGCCUCGUACAUCCACACGGACGCAGACAAGCAACGCUUCCGUAUGGUGUGCCACUCGCAACUCGCUUCUGCACCCAGUGGUGUCGAGCCAAGCACCAUCACAGAGCUUGUCCGUGCUCUCUGGUUCAUCGACGUCGUUGUCCUGUAUGAACACGACAAAUCCGCCUUUGCAGGGCAUCUGUUUCUGCGGAUUCUGUCGGCCAUUCGCGCUCGUGCGGCGGCGCACGCCGAGCCGCACCUUGCAUCUUUACGACGUGGUCUGUACUUUGUGCGUGGUGGCAUGCGCCAGUUGCGUGAAGACGCCGCGUAUGCCGCAUACUUUGAAGUGGGCGAUGUGCCGGCGGCGCCAGGGAACGACAAUGGGAACGGCCAUGACAUUGAUAGCGGCAGCACCGUUUCUGGAAGUCGCGCUGACACACAUGGCGGCUCGGCCAACGUGCAAGACGUCGCUCCCGAUAGCCUCAGGCUCGGCACGCCUGCGAUCGAUGCAAGUAUGCUCACAAAGCAGAUGGGCACGUUUGAUCUCAGUGCGCCACCACCGCGUCGGCCAGCGCUUCCACGCAUCGACACGACGAUCCAGCACGUACCUGAUACAGUGGACCCGCCAUGGCGCAACUCGGGCAUUGAUGUGCCACUGCGCCUGCCGCUCACGGCAAGUCUGCAUGUAUCAACGGAUUACAAGGGCCCACUCAUGGACGAGCCGCAAACGGCCCACAUCAUUUCCGAACUGUCCGAGUUUGAAGUGUCGACGAUCGUGCCGGGCGAAGUGUACCUGGGUUCAGGUGUGCAAAAGCCCUCCGAUAUGGAGAAACUCGAGCAGUUGGGCAUCAAGGCCGUCCUCAACACGGCGGCAGAAGUGCCGUACCUGCACGACGCCUCGCCGCUGCGGCAUCAUCCGCACAUUGUCGAGUACAAGCAUAUCCCCAUGCGCGAUGUCGUCGAGGCCGUCGGCGUGCAGCAACAUCUGGAGGAAGCCUGUUGCUUUCUGGAGCAGAUGUGUUCGCGCGGCUUGCCUACGUUUGUGCACUGCCGCGCAGGCAAAUCACGCAGUGCAACGUGUGUGAUUGCGUACCUCAUCAAAACACGCCGCUGGUCCUUCAAGCAGGCAUAUGCGUUUGUCGCUGCGCGCCGUCCGCGCACGUCGCCGAACAUUGGGUUCAUUGCCGAGCUUAUGCACUUUGAACGUGUCGUCCUAGGCACAGGCCCGGCGAUGUCCUCAUGUCUCCCACUGUCGCCCCGCAAGUCCUUGCCGUGCCCGCCCGAGAGCUUGGCGGAUGGUCCUACCCACCUACGAGACGCCGUCUCGCCUUGGCGCACAAGAUCCCCCCCUGUACAAUAG